AUGACAAAGGAUGUUGCCCAGCUCGUCUUCGUCGGUGUGAACGAAGCACAUACAGGAUUGUACACAUGCAGGACGGAGAACCCAAGGAACGUGCCUGAGAACAGACGUAAACGGAACAAAUAUGAGAUGGUCAGCCAGCCAGAAGAGUCAGUCACCACCAGGCAGUGCGUGUUCAAGAUUUGGUCAGAGAAUCUCACGGUACAUGUGAAGUGGUAUGAAGGUCCGGAGGUGGGGUAUCAAACCAACACCAUGGCUCUGGGAGAAAACUGUGCCAAUCUCACCUACUCCAGCAUGCGUGCAGCCAACACGAGAAUCUGUGGGUGUAAGGUGUUUAUCAGAAGAAUAAACUUGACAGACACUGGAAACAGCAUGCAAGGGACAGUUCCCAGCUGUGACCCCGGGACACCUCAGACCAAUGUCACCGAGAAGACCAGGACAGGAUUCAAAUUCUUCCUGUGUAUCAUCUUCGGCUUAGCAAUCGGGACGCUUUUUUACAUGCCGAUAAUUGGCCUUGUGCUGUGGGAGUGCAGAAGGAACAGAAAAGGAAAGCUCACAAGCAGUCAAGUGGCAGAGGGAAAUCAGCUCAGCACGGCAGCCCCGGUGACAGGGACCGAGGACCAGACCUAUGCCAACCUGAAAUUUGAAAAGAAGGGGACAAAAUCCGCCUCCUCCGAAGUCAUUUACACCGAGAUCAAACCAUCGCAACAAAAGCAGAGCAGUGGGGAUGCCGGUGCUUCCCAUGCAGGGGUGGAUGUCUCCCCUGAGGAAGAGGGCAAAUGA